AUGCUCAACGCCUUGGAGGUUGCCAUUCAUAGGACCGAGGGGCGAGUUAUCGAGAACAUGACAUACAGCGCGGAACUUCAGCACGAUAUAGGAAGGUGCUUGUCGAAAUUGGAUGGAGUCACUGGCUACUGCAGAGACACUGAAACACAUCUAGUGGAGAACCUCGCGGAGACUAAGGCUAGCGCCCGUAGUGUGCAGCAGCACUUUGAACAGGACGGUAACAAGCUGGAGAGUAUACAGAUGCAUCUGAUGCAGUUGACGAGACAAGUCCAGGACUCUCCAACAUACAAUGAUAUGAAAGCCCACAGCGACGAGAUCAUCGCGGCUAUCUCCUCAGUGGGCACCUACAUGUACACUCGUGAUGCUAUCUGUGCUGCUCCUUCAGCGGUUUGCCACUCUAAACAGCACUUUCCAAAAGCUCUCCCAGGACGUGUGCGAUGCGAAGGCUCAGAAUGUGGCCUUGACUUCGGCACUCUCGAAAGUCAGUGA